CGAUGAUAUAAAUCUUUUUCACACAUACUUUCAGAAUAUAUGUUUGCCAAAAUUAACACCAGAAGGAUACAGAUUAUAUAUUUGUCGUCUAAUACAUGGUGACACCCCUAUAUGUAAUGCUUGGACGAUUCUAAAGUAUUUUAUGAUGAUAUUUGAGAUAGGCAUAGAAGAAGAUAUAGUCCCUGAAAUCGUUGUAGUUUGGGAUUGUACUGGUACAAAUAUCAAUCAUGUAUUUAAGUAUACACCAUCUAUGUUAAAAAAAUUUGAUUCUUGUAUGGCAGCAUACAGCUUAAGAAUAAAAGCGGUUUAUUUAAUUCAUGCUCCAAAAUAUAUAGACAUAUUUAUGAAAACAGCGAAAUCAGUGAUGAGAGCAAAAUUGUUUGACAGAAUCCACGUUUACACAUCAGGAAUAGAAUCAUUAUAUAAAACAAUACCAAAAGCAAUUUUACCAGCAGAUUAUGGCGGUGAAGAACCGUCGAUGAACAUAUUAACAGAUAUGUGGCUUGCAAAACUAGCCCAACAAAGAGACUGUCUUAUAAAAGAAGGAAGACGGAAAACCCAGGAAUCUCUCCGAAUAAAUUCUAUAAUAAAUCCUGACGAAUUGUUCGGAGUUUCGGGAACAUUUAGAAAAUUAGAACUUGAUUAAUUUGCAAA